CUGACCCCAAACUUAUCAGACGAUGAGUUUAAAAUCGGUUAUUUUCUUGACUCACCCUCCCACUCCCCUGGGUCUUCUGGGUAAUUUUCAGCAACACUCCAUAAUCGAAAUUACCCAAGAGACCCUAUAGACGAGGUUGUGGCUCAUAUGGUUAGCAUUUCGACAUUUUCCCUCGCUAGAAAUUGUUGUCGGCCCAAUUGGGUCGCUCGUUUUUCUCAACUGUUUGCUUCAUCCCCCACCCCCCACCAUUGCCUAAGACAUUUAAUGAAUUCUCUUUUUAUCCAAAGCAUUGCUCAGUGUUGUUUUUCUCGCUUAUACUACAAGAACAACAUCCCACGCUGUUCAACGGAAAAGGAAAUAGUCGAUGUUCCUGGUGUACCGGAAGCUGUUUAUAAAUAGCGCAACAGGGCACAACGCAUCUGGUAUGGGGGGUAUUUAUAUCUCGACAAGAAUGCAAGGGAUAUCAGACAUGGGUCCUCAAACACAGAUCAUAUAUUAUUUUAACAGGGUUUAAGCCAUCAAAUACAUCAACAUCCAGAAUGUUUAUUUAUUUUUUAACACAGACGACGACGAGCAUUAGCCGCAAUUCUAUUUUACAUAAUUUCUCGUGUCGAGACAAAACCCUUGCAUUACAUGGAUUGAAUACUUAAGCUGAUAACACAUUUCAUGCUUGCUAUAUCUUGGUGAUCUUGUAAGGGGGAAGUCUUAUUCAGGCGAUGUUUGACAAACGAUAUUUACGCGCAGAUAAAAAUUGCGCUCAAAAUAUUCCCAAUGUUGUGUAUCUUGUUUCACAUCAACCUAUUGUAAAGCCAAGUAUAUGGUGACUCUUCAAUUGUACAUUAUUGACAUACAUCUUGUCCUAGGUUUGUUUUUUUCCCUCUCCUAUGUCGAGCUAUUGUUUGCCCCAGAAGUGUUAGAAUAAUCACUAUGUCCGGGGUUUCAUUCGUGUCCAAUCAUGGAACGCUGGCGUGCGGUAAGUUAUCGGGCCAAUCUAGGGUGUCUCAAAUAACUUACCCAAAUAUCUCAGAAUAAUUCCUUUAUUUUAAUCAAAUCAUGAGAUAUUUGCAUAGUACAGGGAGUAUUGGGCUGGUUUUGGUAUUUCUGAUGAGAAAUAGCGAGCUCGCACAGGAAAAGUCGUAAAUCCAGUGAACAGUCAAGUCAAGUCAGGCGUAAAAGCGUGACAGCUUGUUAAGACACCCAAGUGUGUAUGCCGUCGCGCUCUCAAACCGACAGCGUGUUCGCACUUCUAUGCGUUCAUUCCUGACCAUCUUGGCCGUGUAAUGGCUACUAAAUACCGCUUUACAGAUUACUAAAGUAUUAUAGAACACCAUGAACAGAAAGAAACACGGCAGAAGGACAUUUUACUGUCGAGAGUGGCUCUUCGAAAAGGUGCAAACCUGUCUUGAACGGCGAAAGCAACAGGAAGACCUCAGAACCAAGGGAACGUUUAUUGUUGGCGGCCCAGGAUCAGGAAAAACAAGCUUACUGUCUGAGCUUAUCUCGCCGAGUUCCCAAGACGGGGUACAAUAUGAAUUAUCAACAAAGGUAGUGGCUUACCAUUUCUGCCAAGCGCAUUAUUACAAAUCUAUAUUGGUCUCCGAAUUCGUCCGAACUCUUGCAGAACAGCUUUCGAACUCCGAGCCACUGAGAGCAUAUCGUGAAAUAUUCAACCAGCCACAAAUCCAAGAGCAUUUGAUGCCGGAACAAUGCGCAAGAAACCCAGAUUUAUCAUUCAAAGAAGGUGUAUUGUUACCGUUGAAUUCUAUCCCCCCUCCAGAAGAUUGCUUUUUACUAGUUGUAGACUCCAUUGAUGAAUCGUUCUUGCAUUCGUUCGAUGCUGGGGUUUUUACGGGCAGUAAGACUAUCGCCGAGUUAAUAGCUACACAUAUUGAUCUUUUGCCUCCAUGGCUCUUUCUAGUAAUCAGCGCAAGAAAACAAUCGAAAACUGUGACUAAAAUGUUCACCGGUUUUCGCAAGUUGACCCUAGACGAUCUUCGCAAACCCCAUGUUGUUAAAGACAUACAGUCGUAUAUUUUGAACCGGUUAGACGAUGACAGUGAGCUUCGAAAACAUCUCACCCGCGAAACUGCAGAGAUAUUUAAUCAACUUCACAUUAAAAGCAACGGCUGUUUCUUGUACCUCGAGAAAAUUUUGGAUUGUAUUGAGGAUGGGUGUUUUAGUAUUGAGGAAGCGCAGGAUAUUCCAGGCACUUUGAAUGGAUUUUACUUAUGGCUUUGUGAUCACUUGUACUCAGAAGAACAAUUCAAUCAAAUCAAACUUGUGUUAGAUGUCAUUCUAGCAGCGCAAAAACCCCUUAAGGAGUCAGAACUGUUUGAGGCUGUUUGGACAAGGGAUACAGCACUGACACCAGAAAGAUUUCAAGCAGUUCUAGACCAAAUGGAUCAUAUAAUUAAUGACAUCCGGGGGACAAAGUGCAUUUUUCACCAUUCAUUCGCAGAGUGGUUAAUUGAUGUUAAGCACUGCACACCACAAUAUCUUUGCUCUCCCGCGGAUGGACAUGCCAUGCUUGCGUUACGUUGCACACAGCAAGCGAGUACGAAGAAGCAUGUUGAUUCGCAUGAAUUUGCUGUCCAUUUGAGCCGAGCAUCAUUUAAGGAUGAGUUUACAAAAGAGCAUCUGGCGCUGUGGUUACUAUGGAGUAAAGCGCUCAAUUCAGAUGACCCAAUCCCAUCGGAAUACCCUCCCCAAGAAGCACUAAAAAUUCUCCUUGAUGCCGGUGUUGACUUGAGUGAAUUAAACCUUGAGGAAGAGAUUGUCGACUUUGGUAAAGAAACAGAAGAGUCAAUCAGAGCCCUUCUAGAGAAAGGUUCCCCUGUUGAUAAUGUUGAUGGUUCAGGGCGGACCCAGCUAUGUAAUGCUGCAUUUAAUGGCUCCAGCAAUGUUGUCAGACUUUUGCUACAACAUGGAGCCAAUGUGAAUUUUUCAGAUCCGAGUGGUCAGACCCCUUUGAUGCUUGCAGCAAGACAGGGUCAUGGUGACAUUGUCUACUUGCUUGUCAACUGCGGCAGUGAUCCAAACCAUGUUGCUGAUGAUGGGUGCACAGCGCUGCGGUUAUCCGCAUCAGCUGGGCAUUCUGAUGUGGUUUCAGUAUUGUUGAAGCACCAAGCUCAUGUUGACUUAGCUGAUGAUGACAAGCGUACAGCCCUUCGAGGUGCAGCCUGGGGUGGACAUAGUGAUGUGGUGCUGCAGUUGCUGCAGUAUGGAGCCAACCCAAAUCUCACAGACAAUGAAGGGAGAACGGCCUUGAUUGCCGCAGCUUAUAUGGGACAUAAGAAUGUUGUUCAAAUUCUUUUAGAACAUGGAGCCAAGGUCAAUCAUGCAGACCAGGAUGGACGUACAGCCCUGGCUGUCACAGUUCUGUGUGCCUCGUCCAGUGCAGACCACACAGAUGUAGUACAGCUCUUACUGGAAAAUGGUGCUGAUGUUGAUCAUCCAGAUUUUGACGGCAUGACGCCGUUAUGUGUUGCAUGUCUUGAGGGACAUUAUUCCAUUGUUAAACUUUUAUUGGAGUUUAAUGCUGAUGCUGGUCACUGGGAUCGCAAUGGACGGACACCAUUAUUCGCUGCUGCUGCUAGUGGUCAUGUUGGUGUCGUGAAAAUGCUUCUCGACAACCACAAAAGAGCUCAGCCAAAGGCAGCCAACACAUGGAGGUCUCCUCGUGACGCCAUGUUCAGGGCAGAUCAUAACGCCUGGUCUCCACUCAUGGUGGCUGCAUUCCAAGGCCACAGUCUAGUCGUAAGAUGUCUCCUAGAGGCUGGUGUACGGCUUGAUGACAGAGAUGCCGGUGGAAAGACUGCACUGAUCAUUGCUGCUCAGGAAGGCCACUCUGAUGUUGUCAUAACUCUGCUAAACUUUGGGACCCCCAUCAACCAAACAACAGACUCCGGUAACACUGCAUUAUACUAUGCUGCAAUGGAGGGCCAUGAAGAAGUUGUUGAGCAGCUCUUUAAAAUGGGGGCAGAUGUGAACACCAAGGAUACUAAUGGACGGACUGCACUUUUCUCAGUGGCAGUCGAAGGCAAGGAAGCUAUGGCAGCCAAGCUGCUGAAGCUAGGUGCAACUGUUGAUUGUGCCGACAAUGAAGGGAGGACUCCCCUACAGGCUGUCGCAUGGCAAGGCUGCUACAAUCUUGUGAAUCUUUUUCUCAAGCACAAUGCAGAUGUUAAUUUACCUGACAAUGAGGGGCGCACUGCAUUGAUGUCGGCAGCCUGGCAGGGCCACGCCUCAAUUAUUCAGCUUAUGGUAGAUAAGGGUGCUCUUGUAGACAUGGUGUCAUUUGAGGGUGCAACCGCUUUGUGCAUUGCGGCUCAGGAGGGCCAUGAUGAAGUCGCACAAAUACUUCUAGAAAAUGGUGCCAAUAUGAAUCAUGCAGAUAGCUUUGGUAGGACACCCAUGCAAGUUGCAUCAGAAGCAGGUCACAACAAGAUCAUGAAAGCUCUGGAGGCAUACAGUGUGGUGCGCAUGAAUGACAACAACAUCUUCACCAGCACCCUACAGCGCAAAAUAUCAUGCACCAACACAGACAGCUCCUCAACACCAACAAGCGAGCCCCACCAGAAGGAGACAAGAGAUGCAAGGAAAGAAAGCGUGUCUUCCUCCGGAAGCUCCUCCCCAGGCUCCCGCCAGGACAUCCACGCACAGGGUGACCAUGAUGAUGGCAUGCUCACCCCACUUGCAAUAUCGGGUGAAAGGCGAUACUCAUCCAGUUUCCUCGAGGUCCAUAAUAUCAACCCUAGUAAGCCAAGCUGGGGUGGCGCAUGCCCUCCAUACAGCUCACAAGAGGCCGUGCACCACGAGCCGCCACCUUACACAGAGCUAGCUUCGCAUCUCAAGGUGAAUGAUGAUAUUGUUGCCCACCCUUCUAACUCCCCAAAGAGUCGCCGCAAUCCCUUCUCAAUGCUGCAGAGGGUGCGAAUUAAGAGUCCCUUUGCAUCAGGGUCCAGUGAGAGAAGAAGUAGAAAGUUCACAGAGCGGCGUGGCUUGUUUGCUACGAGGAAAUCACAAAGUGAGGGGUACAAGACUGGGGAGAGUCAAGUAGAGAUGCCUUGUACGAGUGGGUUCGCACACAGGCUGUCAGAUCCGAUGAGUUCUAUAGAGACUGCUGUAUAGAGCUGGCUGACGAGCUGUUUCUAUGUCAGCCUUCAUGUGCAGGGAUGGAUAAAGGUUGCUGGACUUCUACUAUAAGCCCAUCAGAUGGGGUUUAGGAUGCUAAGACCUCGAUCAUUACGUGCUCCCCUGACUGCUAUACGGAGCUACAGACUGUGAAAUAACAAGUAGUAUCUCUAGGUAGUAUCGCCAGAUAUGAUUUGCCUCACCAAAUAUGGUUUAACCCUAGACAUUUUAACCAGGCUUUUUAGCAGGAGGCUUAUUUGCUCUUUCAGUGAACCAUUCUCCCUGUAUAACAAGCGCAAAGGACUGGGAAAGGACGAGACCGCGCGCUUGGGGAAAAGGAUAAAGGGAAGCUAAGUUGUACAGAAAAUAAAGGGGUAAACUCAAGGCCUCUUUUUACCUUUACCUUCAACACUUGCGUACAGCCAACUCACCUAGAUCUCCCUCACCGUUUGCGCUUGCUACACAAGAUACAUUUACUGCUAUGCGCCUUCCUAAGUUCGCAGUGGCACCACAAGUUCUUCGUUUGGAGCGUCCGUUUAGCGAACUUUCGUCUUGCGUGUGUUUGGUAUUUUCGCUUUUACAAAAUUCUGAUUAUUAAUUGUUUUGUUUAAAGACGAUUGUUGGGUAUAGAAGUAGAUAUGGUGUAUAUUAUUGCAAAAGAACAUUAUAUAAAUCUUAUUGCUUUGGUCGAGGGCCUGGGGUACACAAAGAUAAUGCCGAUUUUGUAAUUAGUAUAAUGGCUAAUAUUAAUAAAGAUAUGUACUAUUUAAAA